GUAACUGCAGCAAGAGCUGGGAAUCUGUUGAAGCAAUCUCAAGAGAAGCAGUUCUUGGAGAUCGCUAAAGACAAAAAGUGGCAAGGAAAGUUAUUCCGUAUCAGAUGGGAAGAUGAGAGCCUAAGCAUAACCAGCUGCUUUGCAUGGUUAAAAGGUUGGGCUACAUGCCCUACACAUACCAUCGCGGGCGUGUAUGAAUUGUAUGAGCAGUUGUUACCUACGAAGCUCUACACAAAGGAGAGGACGCAAACCUCCACCGACGGCGAAGUUCUAUGCAGGUUAUGUCGGAAGGUAGCUGAGAGCGUUGCACAUGUACUGGCUGGAUGUUCCUCCCUGGCACAAACCAAGUACCUAUACAGGCAUAAUGCAGCUUUGAAGAUUCUGUUUUUUGAGCUCCUGCGAGAGCAUGGGUUAAUGGAAGAGGUUCCACCAUGGUACUCACCGGUGAUGCCAAAACCAACCUACCAGAACACCACAAGUGAGGCGUUUUGGGAUAUUCCCAUCUAUGCAGAGCACAACGAAGUUAGAGCAAAUCGGAUCGACGCGCGACUUGUCAACCACGAGAGGAAAGAAGUCUGCACAAUCCAAAUGAGCUGCCCAUGGAUUGAGAGUAGAGCUAAGAAAGAUGAGGAAAAGACACUCAAGUAUGGGCCCAUGAUGUGGGAGCUGAAGCAGAGAUACAAUGGUUACAGGGUUGAACAGUACAACGUAAUAAUUGAGGUACUGGGGGGUUACUCUAAACACCUAGAGAAGUCGGUGAGAAAGCUACUUGGAGCGAGAGCACGGAGCGUACUUGAGCGGAUGCAGAAGUCGGUCAUCUCAAACACUUUAAACAUAGCCAAAACAUUUAAGAUAAAUACUUAG